AUGGUCGUGCACCACGUCGUCUCCGUCGCCGUCUGGCCCGUCGCGGCGCUGACGGGCGUCGCGGGCCCGUUCCUCCUCCACUUCCUCGCGACGGAGCUGUCCUCGCCGCUCCUCCAGGGCCGCUGGUACGCCCAGGCCUUCCGCGGGCGCGGCUCGCCCGCCGACGCGGCGGCGUCGGCGGCCUUCGCGGCCGCGUUCGUCGCCGUGCGGACGUCGAACGUCCACGUCGUGGCGCAUUGCUUCGCCCGCGCGCGGCCCUUCGACGGGGCGCUCCACGGCGCCGUGCCCGCCUGGAUCCGCCUCCUGGGGACGGCGACCCUCGGCCUGCCGUCCGUGCUCAACGCCGUCUGGACGGCCCAGAUCGCGCUCCUCGGCAAGAAGAUGCUCCUCGGCAAGAAGAAGGCCAAGGUCUAG